AUGGUGGCACAAGUAGUGUCUGGACUCGAAGUAGCUAGAUCAAUCCAAGAUGAUCUUCGCAAACAAGUUUCGGAGAUGCGAAAGAAAGUGCCAGGCUUGAAGCCUCGCCUGGCGAUCGUGCAGGUCGGAGGUCGGGAAGACUCCAACGUCUACAUCAGGAUGAAGCUGAAGGCUGCCGAGAAUAUCGGCAUCCAUGCUGAACAUAUCAAACUUCCAAGAGACUGUACGGAGGCUGAGUUGCUGAUCCGACUGGGCGAGUUGAAUGAAUCACCAGAUGUUCACGGUAUCAUCGUCCAGAUGCCUGUGGACUCCAUUCACCCCAUCGACAACCACCUUAUUACAGAUGCUGUUUCGCCGCAUAAAGAUGUCGAUGGACUAAACACGUUGAACGAAGGUCGAGCAGCUUUAGGAGAUCUGUCAGGGUUCGUACCCUGCACUCCCGCAGGUUGCGUGGAGCUGAUCAAACGUACUGGAGUCUCCAUAUCGGGGAAACGGGCAGUAGUUUUGGGCCGUAGCAGAAUUGUCGGCACUCCUAUAUCCGAGUUGCUCAAAUGGGAGAAUGCGACUGUCACCAUUUGCCAUUCAAAGACGGCUAAUUUAAAUGAAGUGACAAAAACAGCUGAUAUUUUGGUGGUCGGUAUCGGCAAACCGGAAUUAGUUCGUGGAUCAUGGAUCAAACCGGGAGCAGUUGUCAUUGACUGUGGGAUCAAUCCAAUUCCAGAUGCAACAAAGAGCAGUGGACAACGACUAGUAGGGGACGUAGCGUACGCGGAGGCUAUACAAGUAGCCUCGCACGUAACGCCCGUGCCCGGUGGAGUUGGGCCAAUGACCGUGGCCAUGUUAAUGCGAAACACAGUCACGGCUGCCCAGCGGUACGUCGAACGGCUCAUCGCACCAGUUUGGCCGCUUAAAGUUUUGCGGCUUAACAUUCUAUCACCACCACCAAGCGACAUAGCGAUAGCUCGUUCGCAAAAACCAAAGGACAUCGGCAUUUUAGUCGACGAACUAGGCUUGUACCCAAACGAAAUCUCCCAGUAUGGAAACACUAAGGCCAAGGUAUCGCUCAAAGUACUCGACAGAUUGAAGGACCAACAGGGAGGCAAAUACAUAGUAGUUGCAGGUAUAACUCCAACACCCUUGGGUGAGGGUAAAAGUACCACCUUACUGGGUCUGGUUCAAGCCCUGACUGCUCACAGAGGUCGUAACUCCUUCGCCUGCAUGCGUCAGCCCAGCCAGGGUCCCACAUUUGGAGUCAAGGGCGGAGCCGCUGGAGGUGGUUAUUCACAGGUCAUCCCCAUGGAAGAUUUCAACCUGCAUCUUACUGGCGACAUCCACGCAGUUACUGCAGCAAACAACCUUCUUGCUGCUCAAAUGGAUGCCAGGAUAUUCCACGAAUUGACCCAAAAAGACGGUCCACUUUAUGACCGAUUGGUACCAAAGAUCAAGGGAGUGAGGAAGUUCUCACCAAUUCAGCUAAGAAGGUUGAACCGUCUGGGCAUUAACAAGACAGACCCUGACCUAUUGACACCGGAAGAGAGGACCAAGUUUGCAAGACUUGACAUUGACACAACUAAAAUCAUGUGGAAUAGAGUGGUGGACUUAAACGACAGAUACCUCCGAAAGAUUACAAUUGGCCAAUCACCAACUGAAAAAGGUUUCUCGCGGGAGACCAGCUUCGAUAUCUCCGUUGCCUCAGAGAUCAUGGCUGUACUAGCUUUGGGCAAGGACAUUGAAGACAUCAAAGACCGACUUUCUAACAUGGUAGUUGCCCUGGACAAACGCGGCAACCCGGUCACUGCUGAUGAUCUUGGUGUAACUGGCGCUCUCAUGGUUCUCCUGAAAGACGCCUUCGAGCCAACCCUGAUGCAGACCCUGGAAGGUACCCCAGUGCUGGUUCACACGGGUCCCUUCGCCAACAUCGCUCAUGGCUGCUCAUCCAUUAUCGCUGACAAGAUCGCCAUGAAGCUCGUCAAGGAGAACGGUUUUGUCGCCACCGAAGCUGGAUUUGGUUCUGAUAUUGGCAUGGAGAAGUUCUUCGACAUAAAGUGCCGUGCUGGUGAUGAUCAGCCGCACUGCGCAGUGAUCGUAUGCACGGUUCGAGCUCUGAAGAUGCACGGAGGUGGACCUACCGUCAGCCCUGGACUGCCCCUGCAUCAGGUCUACGUGGAGGAAAACUUAGAUCUUUUGAACAAAGGUCUCUGCAAUUUAGGAAAACACAUAAGCAACGGGAAAAAAUUCAACGUACCUGUUGUAAUCGCUAUCAACAAACAUGGGAACGACACUCAAGCAGAGCUUAACAUGGUGAAAGAGUACGCCCUUAAGAAUGGCGCGUUCCGAGCAGUGAUCUGCGAUCAUUGGGCUAAGGGCGGCGCCGGCGCAUUGGAAUUAGCUGAUGCAGUGAUCGAGGCCUGUGAAACACCUUCCAACUUCAAUUACCUCUACCCUCUGGAUCUGUCCAUACAGGACAAGAUACAGAAGAUAGCGUUCGAGAUGUACGGAGCUGGAAAGAUUGAAUACACUGAUGAUGUACUGGAUAAGAUUAAGCGGUUCACUGAGAAGGGCUAUGACAAAUUCCCAAUCUGCAUGGCCAAAACAUCAAACUCGUUGACUGGUGACCCUACAAUCAAAGGAGCGCCGACUGGCUUCACUCUACGGAUUAACGACAUAUUUGUAUCUGUGGGCGCUGGCUUCGUCGUUCCUAUGGUCGGUGAAAUCUCCAAGAUGCCUGGGUUGCCCACUCGCCCCAGUAUUUAUGACAUUGACUUGAACACUACCACUGGAGACAUAGAAGGUCUAUUCUAA